UGCCGCAGUUAAUUCUGUGGUGGUGGAUAAACGAUAGCGGUGUAGACUGCGCCACUGUUGACUGUUUUUGUUAUUGUUGUUAAUUUUUUUAUUUGUACUCUGUCAACUCUGUCGUUUGAUUUUACUGAGUAUACCUCGUUUGCCUUAUAUAUCGUGUCGACUCGUAAACGGCAGUGCGUGCGUGAAUCCUAAGUAAAAAUCAAGCAUAGCGAACAGUCUAUACGCGGUGAGUGGAUUCCGGAUGUCGUUGUCCGGACAGUGACAACAAAACGCAUAUACAGUGUAUUAUGCCAGUAUACGCGAAAUUAAUGUCGGUCGUUUAACAUCGAUAACGAUACUGCACUUAUAGUAUUCUAGUGUUUAGUUGUGUCGACGGAUCGAGUUACGUACAAGGCGGUGGCGACUACUGUCGCCAUGGACUCUCUGCGCGAACAAGUUAUGAUCAAUCAGUUUGUUUUAGCUGCUGGAUGUGCUAGAGAUCAGGCGAAGCAGUUUCUACAAGCCGCACAUUGGCAAUUUGAAACAGCCUUAAGUAUAUUUUUUCAAGAUUCAUCAGUUACAAGCUGUAAUCAAAAUACAGCUCAAUUUGGAAUUGGUCAAAUGACACCAUGUAAUACUCCAGCUACACCACCCAAUUUCCCAGAUACACUAGUUGCUUUUUCACGAAUGACUACAUCAUCUGAUACUACUAAAUUAGGAUCAUCACCUAGUAUGUCUGUAUCCCCUCAAAAUAACAGAACCUCUUUAGAAAACUGUCAAUCAAAAAGGCAUCCUUAUGCACAUAUACCACCUAACACAGUUACCAAUAAUACUUAGUUGGUAUUAGAAAUAUUAUUGUUAAUUUUAAACUAAACUUAGCCAUAUUAUUGUUUUAGUUAUCCAAAGAUGGUAAUUUGCUUUUACUGCAACUUUUUAAAUAAUCUAAUAUGUUUUAUCAUUUGAUUGUUAUUAUUUUGAUUUAUUGUUUUAUUUUUGUUAGGUUUUUUCCAGUAGAUUAAGUAAAAAUAUAGAUAAAUAAUUUAAAAUAUCUACUCAAGAUGUUUUAUUAAGAACAUUGUAGUAUCGCUUUUAUUUUGCUGUACUGAUAUUAUGUAAAACUUUCUUAACUUGCCUUUGCCAAGCAGUGUAACUUAAGUUGUUAUUAUUUACUUUCUAUAAUUUUAGUUUAUCCAUCUUGUUUAAUUAGUUAGUUAUUAAGUUCUUAUUAAUAUGACCAUUAUUAUUUUCUAUGUUUUUAUGGUGGAAAGUUUCCAUUUAUUUUCAUAAAUCUAUGUAUAAAAAAAUCACAUAAUUUUAUGACUAUUAUUGUUGUCUAUCACAAAAUUAAUAGUUUGAUAGUUAUUUUAUUAUGUAUUAGAUUUAAAACAGUGUAAAUUAUUUUGUUGAUAAUAAAACUUAUGAUUUUAUCUACUAA